AUGGUCAUGUCUUCCCCAGGAGAAGAAGUUGACAGACAGCUGUGCAGAGAUGCCAUCUUUCCCAUCCCUGUGGCCUGCGAUGCCCCAUGCCCAAAAGACUGUGUGCUCAGCACGUGGUCUACGUGGUCCUCCUGCUCACACACCUGCUCAGGGAAAACCACAGAAGGGAAGCAGAUACGAGCACGAUCCAUUCUGGCCUAUGCGGGUGAAGAAGGUGGAAUUCGCUGUCCAAAUAGCAGUGCUUUGCAAGAGGUACGAAGCUGUAAUGAGCAUCCUUGCACGGUAUACCACUGGCAAACUGGUCCCUGGGGUCAGUGCAUUGAGGACACCUCAGUAUCGUCCUUCAACACAACUACAACUUGGAAUGGGGAGGCCUCCUGCUCUGUGGGCAUGCAAACAAGAAAAGUCAUCUGUGUGCGAGUCAAUGUGGGCCAAGUGGGACCCAAAAAAUGUCCUGAAAGCCUUCGACCUGAAACUGUAAGGCCUUGUCUGCUUCCUUGUAAGAAGGACUGUAUUGUGACCCCAUAUAGUGACUGGACAUCAUGCCCCUCUUCGUGUAAAGAAGGGGACUCCAGUAUCAGGAAGCAGUCUAGGCAUCGGGUCAUCAUUCAACUGCCAGCCAACGGGGGCCGAGACUGCACAGAGCCCCUCUAUGAAGAGAAGGCCUGCGACGCACCUCAAGUGUGCCAAAGUUACAGGUGGAAGACUCACAAAUGGCGCAGAUGCCAAUUAGUCCCUUGGAGCGUGCAACAAGACAGCCCUGGAGCACAGGAAGGCUGUGGGCCUGGGCGACAGGCAAGAGCCAUUACUUGUCGCAAGCAAGAUGGAGGACAGGCUGGAAUCCAUGAGUGCCUACAGUAUGCAGGCCCUGUGCCAGCCCUUACCCAAGCCUGCCAGAUCCCCUGCCAGGAUGACUGUCAAUUGACCAGCUGGUCCAAGUUUUCUUCAUGCAAUGGAGACUGUGGUGCAGUUAGGACCAGAAAGCGCACUCUUGUUGGAAAAAGUAAAAAGAAGGAAAAAUGUAAAAAUUCCCAUUUGUAUCCCCUGAUUGAGACUCAAUAUUGUCCUUGUGACAAAUAUAAUGCACAGCCUGUGGGGAACUGGUCAGACUGUAUUUUACCAGAGGGAAAAGUGGAAGUGUUGCUGGGGAUGAAAGUACAAGGAGACAUCAAGGAAUGCGGACAAGGAUAUCGUUACCAAGCAAUGGCAUGCUACGAUCAAAAUGGCAGGCUUGUAGAAACAUCCAGAUGUAACAGCCAUGGUUACAUUGAAGAGGCCUGCAUCAUCCCCUGCCCCUCAGACUGCAAGCUCAGUGAGUGGUCCAACUGGUCGCGCUGCAGCAAGUCCUGUGGAAGUGGUGUAAAGGUUCGUUCUAAAUGGCUACGUGAAAAACCAUAUAAUGGAGGAAGGCCUUGCCCCAAACUGGACCAUGUCAACCAGGCACAGGUGUAUGAGGUUGUCCCAUGCCACAGUGACUGCAAUCAGUACCUAUGGGUCACAGAGCCCUGGAGCAUCUGCAAGGUGACUUUUGUGAAUAUGCGGGAGAACUGUGGAGAGGGCGUGCAAACCCGAAAAGUGAGAUGCAUGCAGAAUACAGCAGAUGGCCCUUCUGAACAUGUAGAGGAUUACCUCUGUGACCCGGAAGAGAUGCCCCUGGGCUCUAGAGUGUGCAAAUUACCAUGCCCUGAGGACUGUGUGAUAUCUGAAUGGGGUCCAUGGACCCGAUGUGUUUUGCCUUGCAAUCAAAGCAGUUUCCGGCAAAGGUCAGCUGAUCCCAUCAGACAACCAGCUGAUGAAGGAAGAUCUUGCCCUAAUGCUGUUGAGAAAGAACCCUGUAACCUGAACAAAAACUGCUACCACUAUGAUUAUAAUGUAACAGACUGGAGUACAUGUCAGCUGAGUGAGAAGGCAGUUUGUGGAAAUGGAAUAAAAACAAGGAUGUUGGAUUGUGUUCGAAGUGAUGGCAAGUCAGUUGACCUGAAAUAUUGUGAAGAGCUUGGCCUGGAGAAGAACUGGCAGAUGAACACGUCCUGCAUGGUGGAAUGCCCUGUGAACUGUCAGCUUUCUGAUUGGUCUCCUUGGUCAGAAUGCUCUCAAACAUGUGGCCUCACAGGAAAAAUGAUCCGAAGACGAACAGUGACACAGCCCUUUCAAGGUGAUGGAAGACCAUGCCCUUCCCUGAUGGACCAGUCCAAACCCUGCCCAGUGAAGCCUUGUUAUCAGUGGCAAUAUGGCCAGUGGUCUCCAUGCCAAGUGCAGGAGGCCCAAUGUGGAGAAGGGACCAGAACAAGGAACGUUUCUUGUAUAGUAAGUGAUGGGUCAGCAGAUGAUUUCAGCAAAGUGGUGGAUGAGGAAUUCUGUGCUGACAUUGAACUCAUUAUAGAUGGUAAUAAAAACAUGGUUCUGGAGGAAACCUGCACCGAGCCUUGCCCAGGUGACUGUUAUUUGAAGGACUGGUCUUCCUGGAGCCUGUGUCAGCUGACCUGUGUGAAUGGUGAGGAUCUAGGCUUUGGUGGAAUACAGGUCCGAUCCAGAGCAGUGAUUAUACAAGAACUAGAGAAUCAGCAUCUGUGCCCAGAGCAGAUGUUAGAAACAAAAUCAUGUGAUGAUGGACACUGCUAUGAAUAUAAAUGGAUGGCCAGUGCUUGGAAGGGCUCUUCCCGAACAGUGUGGUGUCAAAGGUCAGAUGGUAUAAAUGUAACAGGGGGCUGCUUGGUGAUGAGCCAGCCUGAUGCCGACAGGUCUUGUAACCCACCGUGUAGUCAACCCCACUCGUACUGUAGCGAGACAAAAACAUGCCAUUGUGAAGAAGGGUACACUGAAGUCAUGUCUUCUAACAGCACCCUUGAGCAAUGCACACUUAUCCCCGUGGUGGUAAUACCCACCGUGGAGGACAAAAGAGGAGAUGUGAAAACCAGUCGGGCUGUACAUCCAACCCAACCCUCCAGUAACCCAGCAGGACGGGGAAGGACCUGGUUUCUGCAGCCAUUUGGGCCAGAUGGGAGACUAAAGACCUGGGUUUACGGCGUAGCAGCUGGGGCAUUUGUGUUACUCAUCUUUAUUGUCUCCAUGAUUUAUCUAGCUUGCAAAAAGCCAAAGAAACCCCAAAGAAGGCAAAACAACCGACUGAAACCUUUAACCUUAGCCUAUGAUGGAGAUGCUGACAUGUAACAUAUAACUUUUCUGGCAACAACCAGUCUUGGAUUUCUGACUUCAUAGAUGUCCAGAGGUCACAACAAAUGUAUCCAAACUGUGUGGAUUAAAAUAUAUUUUAAUUUUUAAAAAGGGCAUCAUAAAGACAAGAGUGAAAAUCAUACUGCCACUGGAGAUAUUCCAGACAGUACCACUUACAUAGAGACCAUCAACCAUGAGAAUUAUAGGAGAUUUAGCUGAAUACAUGCUGCAUUCUGAAAGUUUUAUGUCAUCUUUUCUGAAGUCUACCAACUGAAAAACCAUUUUCAUCUCUAAAAAAUAAUGGUGGAAUUGGCCAGUUAGGAUGCCUGAUACAAGAUUGUCUGCAGUGUUAAUCCAUAAAACUUCCUAGCAUGAAGAGUUUCUACCAAGAUCUCCACAAUACUAUAGUCAAAUUAACAUGUGUACUCAGUUGAAUGAUACACAUUAUGUCAGAUUAUGUACUUGCUAAUAAGCAAUUUUAACAAUGCAUAACAUAUAAGCUCUAAGCUAAGCAGAAAAUCCAUUGAAUAAAUUCAGCAUCUUGGUGGUCAAUGGUAGAUUUUAUUGACCUGCAUUUUAGAGACGGAGCCUCUUUUUUAAGACUUCAUUCUCGUCUCUCUCCAAAGUAAGAAUGCUGGACAAGUACUAGUGUCUUAGAAGGAAGAGUCCUCAAGUUCAGUAUUUUAUAGUGGUAAUUGUCUGGAAAACUAAUUUACUUGUGUUAAUACAAUACAUUUCUACUUUCCCUGAUUUUCAAACUGGUUGCCUGCAUCUUUUUUGCUAUAUGGAAGGCACAUUUUUGCACUAUAUUAGUGCAGCAUGAUAGGCGCUUAACCAGUAUUGCCAUAGAAACUGCCUCUUUUCAUAUGGGAUGAAGACAUCUGUGCCAAGAGUGUCAUGAAGACAUUUGCAAGUUCUUGUAUCCUGAAGAGAGAAAAGUUCAGUUUGGAUGGUAGCAAGAUGAAAUCAGCUAUUACACCUGCUGUACACACACUUCCUCAUCACUGCAGCCAUUGUGAAACUGACAACAUGGCGGUAAUUUAAGUGUUGAAGUCCCUAACCCCUUAACCCUCUAAAAGGUGGAUUCCUCUAGUUGGUUUGUAAUUGGUCUUUGAAGGCUGUUUAUGACUAGAUUUUUAUAUUUGUUAUCUUUGUUAAGAAAAGAAAAAAGAAAAAAAGGAACUGGUUGUCUUUUUAAUUUUGAGCAGAUGGAGAAAAUAAUGUAUCAAUGACUUUUGUAACUAAAGGAAAUCAAAAUUAUAUGUUGAUUUUUCCUUCUCUCUAAUUUGAUUUCCUAGUUUCAGGCAGUAUUUCAAGAUCCAUAGUCUUUUGCCUUUCUCACUGGCAAAAUUUGAAGCAAUCUCUUCCAUGCAUGAUUUCAAAACUAAAAUUUUAAAAGAGAAAUAAAUAUCUUGCCCAAGACUUCAUUACAUAUCUAGACCAAGAGUGGCAAACUUUUUCUGUAAAGGACUAUACAGAAAAUAUUUUCCAAAAGGUCUACGUUGCAACUUCUCAACUUUGCCAUUCUGCUAAUGCGAUCUUAGUAAAUAAAAGAAUGAACAUAACUGCUUUCCCAUAUAACUUUCCUUACAGAAACAGCGAGUAGGGCACCUUGGCAGGUCAUAUUUUGCUGACCCCUGGUCUGGAUGUUUUUUAAUGCUAACUCUCCAUAGUGUCAUCUUUCGUUUUCAUUCAUUUACCCACUGACUGUUCAAUGUUAAAAGGUGAGACUUUACAGUCAUUACAUUUCCCACUGUACCAAAAGUAGCUAUAUUUUCUACAGAUGUAGCCCUGGGAAUGGCACAGUGGAACAAUAUUUAACUCAGCAGACUUCUUGCAAAUGAAAGGAAAACUCAAAAGGUGCCAUUAAAAAGCAAUACCAUUUUCAGGCAACAUUAUUACAACAACCUUUGUGAGAGAGGAGGACACUAGCUUUUCAGGUUCUUUGAAAAAUAGUAUAACAUGCUAUUUUAUCUUAAACAGCUGUGUUCCUGUAAAAGUGUUUUGGAUUAGAAGGUAUUUUACCCUCAUACUGGAGUAUGAACUCCCCCUGCUGUUCAUCAGAGUGUUUGCAAAGAUUACAAAAGACAUCAGGUUAGGAUGUCGUUGUCCCCAAAAUGAAAAUAUUUGUAUGUAUUUCAAUAAGAACUAAAUGCAGUAAGCGCUAAUUCCUUAUUCAAUAUUCACUAUAUUAGGAAAUGUAAAUCAUUGCAAAAAGAACAGGUAGGAAGAUGAAAAUUUUACUUUAAAUCAAGGAUUUAAAACCAUAAAAACAAAAUCCAUUUUAUCUGUUUUAUUAAAGAGGAAGAAAAAAUAAUAUUGUUACUCUAAAACUGUGAUUGUCUAUGUAUAUACUCAGGGGUCUUCCAAAUAAUCCUAAAGUUGAUCUCUUUGAAUAAAAUAAAAUCCAUUUGUCCAAAAUGGUUAAGAGAGAAUCUAUUAUGGUUACUUGAAAAAUUCAGCUAACCCUCUUAUAAAAUGUUGCAACACCUAAUAAUUUUUAAAUGUGGGAUAGAAUACCUACUAAAGCUAUACUGAAGAUAUUGUAAAAUGUCACUAAUUCAGAAAAGAUUAGUAUCAUCCUAUCUAUAAGAAUUAGAAAAUCAAAAUUAUAGAAUGUUAUGAAAAAUACAAGACAUUUUAUUCAUAAAUUGAUUAGAUUUUACAGCAUAUGUGUGUAUAUAUGUGUGUAUGUGUGUAUAUAUAUACACACACACAUAUACACACAAAAUUAUAUGAGACAGGGGAAAUUAGGUUCAACUUGACCUAAUAGAGAACAUAUUGGAAGAUCACUGUUAGGAUAAAUAAAUACUGGAUAACCUCUUGUUAGAAAGGUGGAAAGAGGAGAAUGUAGCAAUCUGGCUAUUUUGGACAAAUGGAAGGUUACUAUAUUCAUGUUUAUAACAUGAAAAUGGCCUUAUUUUUGUUUCUGGCAUGAGACAAUGAGUUAAAUAUUUUAUUGGAAUUUCAUCAAAACCUUAUUUUUCCUGUUCCUUCUAAAAAUUUGGGAGGGGAAUAUAGUAGUAAUUUCUCUAUUGACACUUUCAACCUUACCGAAGUGGUCUGUGAGGCCAAAAAGAUGUAGAACUGCUGUUCCCUAGAAUGAAGGUCUGUUUGGUUUUUUUUAAAAAGAGCAGAGAAAGUUUGACAGUAGUAUAUGAGUUUGCCGGACUAUUUCACUAGAAACCAUGUAGAAUAGAACUAACUGAUCUCUUUUGAAAGGGGCUGAUUUGCUUAUUCAUCAAUACCUAAUCCAAUAUAUGGACUGUAAUCUUAUUCAAAGGCUUUUUUGAGGACACUACAGUGUAGCUUAAGUGAAUUAAAAAAGAGUGCAUAAAAGCAUGUUUUAAUUACUUAUAACAAAGCACAAAUUACUUCUAACAAGGCAAAUAUUUAUUGACACGUAAGACUCUGCUAGGCACUGUAAAAAACAAAAGUUAGUAACGGCUUUUGUAUACAUAGGUACUUAAGACAUCCAAAAGAAGGGAAAAAUGCCUAAUGAGUGAAGAUAACACUGAAACCUGUUGACUUUUACUCUAGGUUUGUUUUUAGAGGGGGUUAGUAUUUUCCCAUAUGUAAUAUACAUGCCUUUAGGCCAUGGUAUUAGGAGUUUGAUUUUUCCCUGCCCCACCCUCAGGUAGGUGGCAGUGGUCACUGUAACUUAAUCAGACCCCUGUUAAGUUCCUGGGCAUUUCAAGAUACAUUCAUGUCUUCCUUCUCACAGGAAUUGAAUAGACCUCUCACACAUUUAUUUACCUCCCCCAACAACCUGUAUAUUUGGUUCUUUCUGAUUAUUUUCUUUGCUUGGUCUCUUUCUACUCUCAACAGCUAUUCUUACCUACUUCCCACCAAACAUGCCCAAUUUUUUAAUUAAAAAAAAAGAGAGAGAGAAUUCCUAUAUGUCCUUCCGUAUUAGAAUCUAAGUGUCACUCACUCAGUGUGAACAUCCUGACUUACACCAAAUCCACUGGUCAAAGAAAUGAAUAAAGGGAAAAGGAAAAAUGUGGAAGGCAUGUAGGGAAAAAAAAAAAACAAACCCUUUUCUGUAAAAAUGUCCAUGCCUACACUUGCUUUAGAUCACCCCAUAUCCUCCUGUCUCCAUCUCGAGUCUUUCUUUGUUCAUAUUCCACACCACAAGACAGUGAGGAAGGCCCGUACUUUUCAGUACCAUACAGAAGGGAGAACCUGUUCUAAAGCUGACGUGGGUCUGUACAGUACAUGAGAAGCACAAUUCCCAAAUGAUCUGGGAUCUCCUGUUUAUGAAAAUAUUACCAAAUUCAAGUGUGGGUUCUUCUAUUUCUGCUCAAAAAUUGAGGGUGUUGAAAGAAUAGUUGUCCUUGAGCAAAUCUGUGAGGAAUCUUGUCGGAAUGUGAUCUUUCCUGGGACUAGUUUAGUUGUGAGAACUACAUCUGCCUGUUCUGGGAAUAAGAGUCUCCCCUGGUCCUGCCCUCAGGCGGUCCUGGCUGCAGGACAGGAUUUCAGGUAUCAGAAACUGGUGUGUGAGCCAAGCAAGUAGUUAUCCUUUUAUAAAAAGGAUGGUUUGCAGUGUGUUAAUGAUAAUCUUAUAUCUAGCAGGGACACUGAAAAAUGGUUAUGUCUACAUUAUUAAAUGAAUAAAACUAAUGCUAACCAGUUAAUUUUGCAUUUUUUUGUAUGUUUCUACCAAGUCAGAUCUUAAAAGUGGGCAGUAUAUGAAGAGAUUUAGUUUGUGUGAGUCAUGUUUUCAGUGAUCAAAAAUCUCUAUAUUAUUUAGAAUAUAAUUGUCAGUCUUGUGUUUUGUAGAUUUAUUCUGUUUUUAAGCCAUAGUUUCUAGAUUACCUACUUUUACCCUCAGUAAACUUUUCCCAACUAUUUUUCAGAAAUCUGUUUGUGUUUAUUUUUAGAAAGUAAACAUUUAGAUUCCUUUUCUGGUACUUUUUUCUCCAUUUCUAUCACAGAGAUUUGAAGAGAUCAGUAUCUAUCAUUGUAAAAUAUAACUUUAUUAAAUUUGCAAUGUCUUUCUAUAAAUUAUUAUUCCCUGAAUGUGUAUUUUAUGUUAACUACCUGAAUAUUUAUUUUGUUUAAAUAAGGAGGCAGCUGUCUAAGAAUUUUUGUUAAUAUUACUUUGUAAAUUGUGUAAUGUAAUUUAUUUUACAUUAUGUACAUUUCCUUUUUAACGCACAAAAUGUCUAUAUACAAUUAACUACAGAUUUGCAAAUAAUGUCACUAAGCUUUAUUCAGUCAAUACAGAUGGCAUGUGAAGAUGUAAUAUGCUUUUUUACAUUUUCAUAUGGGUUAUUUGUAAAUAACUAUAUUGCUGACAAACAUAAAUACGGAAAUCAUUUUCAUUCUAA